AUGAGAAUCGGACGAGGAUGUGAACGUUGUCGGGUUCGUCAUAUUCGAUGCACCACUCGCGCGGGCGCCUCGGCUUGUAAUGCCUGUACUCGUUUGGGACGGGUCUGUCGCUUGGAUCCGCCGUUUCGUUUCAAAGCCGUCCGACAUGUAUACCAGAAGAGUAAUGGCAUAGCCUCUAAGUUUGAGUUAGCCUGGGAUCCGUGUCAGACAUGGGUUAAUCUCCCUCAGUCAUUAAAGUUUGUGCAGGAAUCGUCCGAUGAGUCGGACGAGGGCAACACCACCGAUGCUCAACCUGAUGCCCACGAUAACGACAAUCAUCAGGGUGCUUCUGAUGAGGGUCAAAGAGAUAUCUCCGACCAAAUAUCCAUUUUCAAUCAUUUGCCCUUUCCUGAAGUUCUUUAUUCUCAUGAUGAGAAUAUCCGCCAUCCACAUGUGGACUCAAGCCCCCCUGUGGGGUCUCCUGUCUUCAACGAUCCCCCAAUCGUUGCAUCCUCUGCAGGCUUAUCUCCUUCUCUAUUAAAUAUUGUCUCGCCUUUGGCCUCUGGGAGUACAUGGACGAGCUCGGCGUCACCGCUAAGCUCGGUGAGUCCCCGUCCGAGCGGCUCACCGCCGUUGAGCUCCCGUGAAGCCCAUCUACUACGACUGUUCAUCCAAAAGAUUGCACCAUGGGCCGACAUAUGUGAUCUUCGCUCCCAUUUCAGUACCGAAGUCCCUCGUCGAGCCUUGCAAGUCCCGAUGGUGUUGAAAGCUGUGCUGUGCCUCGCAGCCCGACACGAUGCGAUCAUGUCCAACGCCAGCGACUGGGAAGCCUCCGAAUAUCACGGACAGUGUCUAGAGCUUCUCAUAUCUGCUCUAGCGUUGCCAGAAGAGACAUAUGAUGAUAACCUGCUCAUUACUGUGGUCACCUUGCGCAUAUAUGAAGAGCUCGAGCGUGCAACAGAUGAAAAGUGUCACUGGGUUGGGUCAAACAGGCUCCUAAAUACUAUGUCCAAGUCCGCUUCUUCUGGCGGUCUCGCCGAAGCAGUCAGUUGGCAAUUCCUUCGCCAGGCAAUCUAUGCCUCCCUGGUGCAACAUCAACCGAUGCAACUAGAUCUAGCCAACUACGAGCUCUCGUCCGUGUUCCAGCGCCGCGAUGACGCUUCAUAUGCCAACGUAAUUAUCUUUUUGUGUGCGAAGAUUAUCCAGUCCUGCUGGGGAUCACACUGCAGCUUUGUCGAUGAGGGCGAGUGGCAGCAUCUAUCUGAAAGCGUGGAGCAGUGGCAUCGUGGGCGGCCAAUCAGCUGGCAGCCGUUGCAAUACAAGGAUUCUGAUCCAGCGGAGAAUCGACCGUUCCCUGAGUUAUGGAUGAUGUCUCCAUCAGCAGUUGUCGGUCUACAAUACUACCAUGCAUCGUGUAUCCUUCUUACCUCGUCCCACCGGCACUGGAAUGUAUCAAGCGAUUACGAGCUGGCGCGGCUGCGACGAACAGAAGAGAGGACCAUAGCAUCCCAUCUGGUCCGGACGAUAGGACUUUCCAUGUCAAACGAGACUGUGGAGAAUGCAUACUUCAUGGCGUGCCACUUGUUACAUCGAUAUGGCUACUGCCUCCGCCACCCCUCUGAGAAACAAGGGUCCCUGCAAUUCCUCCGCCGGGUAGAAAAGGCGGUUGGGUGGCGAACGAACUGGAUGAUCCGAGAGCUUGAGGCUCAGUGGGGAGAAUUAGCUGAGAUGGAUCGAUGGGAUUAA